AUGACUCGAUCCCAUUUACCACCACCAUCACCAGCAGCAGCAGCCGCAUCAGCAUCCACACAGCCUCCACGAUCUUUAGACGAACCGGUCCUCUCCUCCAGCGACCCGCACGCCGGCCCCCCCGAGAGCUGGAAACGAUGCGGAUUAAGAGUCAAAGUAAUGAGCGACGAUGCUGAAGCUGCCGGAGAGCCCGUGUUGUUCGGAGGAGGCUUUUGUUCCGCUGUUGUGCCGUGGUGCUUUGUCUUCUCUUGGCCCUCUGAGUCUGAUACGGAGCGUGAGCCGCUGGGUGGACUCGUCGUGGACAUUGAGCGGCAGCAGCAGGUCAUGAGCGUGUUUGGAGCCGGGGGCGGGGGCACAGGGGGCGGGGCCACAGGGAGCGGGGCCACAGGGGGAGGAGCCCGAGUGGAGCACUACCGAGAGCAGCGGCGUCGCUCGUGUGACCGUUCACGAGACUCCUCCCACGAGAGAGGAGAGAACCAGCUGACCCCCUGCAUCCGCAACGUCACCUCGCCCACACGGCAGCACGAUCGCGAGCGCGGAGAUGGCGGCUCCUCGUCUCGUUCGUCCAGUCCCCGUCCGCCCAGAGUCCCUCUCACCUACUCUCACAUGGGAUACGUGCCUCGCUCCGCAGACCUGCACCCCAAACUCAUGGGCCAGAUCCCCAACGACAUGAUCUGCGUGUACGACCUGGGCAGCAAAGAGAGCCACAGGGGGGCGCUGCGGCUCGGAGAGAGGGUCACGCUCAUCGUGGACAACACUCGGUUUGUGGUGGACCCGGCCAUUUUCACAGCCCAACCCAACACCAUGCUGGGACGAAUGUUUGGCUCUGGGCGAGACAACAACUUCACUCGGCCAAACGACAAGGGUGAAUAUGAAGUGGCAGAUGGGAUCAGCUCCACAGUGUUCAGGGCCAUUCUGGAUUACUACAAGACGGGGAUUAUCCGCUGCCCUGACGGCGUUUCCAUUCCAGAGCUGCGAGAGGCAUGUGACUACCUCUGUAUCUCCUUCAACUACAACACCAUCAAGUGCAGAGACCUAAGUGCCCUAAUGCACGAGCUGUCUAACGACGGUGCACGGCGACAGUUUGAGUGUUACUUGGAGGAGAUGGUGCUGCCGCUGAUGGUGGCCAGCGCACAGAGCGGAGAGAGGGAGUGCCACGUGGUGGUGCUCACUGAUGAUGAUGUGGUGGACUGGGAUGAAGAGUAUCCACCACAGAUGGGAGAGGAGUACUCUCAAAUCAUAUAUAGCACCAAGUUAUAUCGAUUCUUCAAGUACAUUGAGAACCGGGACGUGGCCAAAGCAGUGCUGAAAGACCGGGGACUAAAGAAAAUCCGUCUGGGCAUUGAAGGUUACCCGACCUACAAAGAGAAGGUAAAAAGGCGGCCUGGCGGGCGUCCGGAGGUCAUCUACAACUACGUUCAGCGUCCGUUCAUCCGGAUGUCCUGGGAAAAGGAGGAGGGCAAGAGUCGCCAUGUGGACUUUCAGUGUGUCAAGUCCAAGUCCACCACCAACCUGGCAGCUGCAGCCGCAGACAUCCCCCAGGACCAGCUGGUGGUGAUGCAGCCUGGACCUGUGCUAGACGAGCUGGACACUCUGCCCCUGGGGCAUGAGCCACAGCCCCCCGCAGUGGGCCUGGAGCCUCUCCCCCCACAGCCAGCUCACAUCGCCCCUCACCCCCAACAGGACGUUCCGUAUCAAGCAGCACCGAGUCUGGCCCAUAACCAGCACAGCAGCCACUCUCAGGCCACGUACCACUACGAGCCCGGGCCGGACCCCCCCUCCCCCUCUGCAUGA